CACCGCUCUGCGCUUAGCUGUCAAGAGCCACCAGCUAGCUUGUGGCUCCCUCUUCUCUCUACUUCUGCCUUUGCAUUUGGAAAACGGGGCUAAUGAUAUUUCUUCGUCCUCUGGAGCCUGGGAAGCUUAAUUACUGAUGAAUAAAGUAUGGGAAACUGCUCUGGGCCAGAGCAAGAAAGGGUUUAUCCUAAUUGUUGCCAAGGCCCAGGAGUGAGUUCCCUGUCCCCAGAGCUGAUGGCAGAGUGGCACCUGUACCUGCACAGGAUGGCAGGACUGGGGAUUGUUGAGUCUGAAGCUCAUGUCAGUCAGAGCGAAGAGAGCCCUGGAGUGAAAUGGAGAGAGGGUGCUUGAGGUGUGGGAAUGAAUUAAAGCCCACUAAGGACUCGGGCAGAUAUCAAGGAUACGAUGUGGCUCUGUAAGUCACUAGGAUUAGGGGUGGUUCUUAUGGGGGUGGGUCCAGGCUCUGGUCAGGAGUGCAAAUGCAUGGUGGGAAAGAAGGCAGCAGAGCUCGCCUUUGUCAUAUGACAGAAGAGGAAAGGAGUCAGUAAUGGUGGGGCUGGAGGAUUGCUGGGAUGGGCAUAGACAGGGGACAUUCCUUGCAGGUGAACAUAGAAAACUGGCCUCUGAAGGGAGACAGACAGAUGGACACACACACACACAACACACACACACACACACACACACACACACACACACACACACACACACACACUGAAGCUUAGCCCAGCCACAGUCAAAUUAAAUACACUAGUGUUCCAUUUGCUUCUCGAGCUGGAUGUGGUGGUCCUUGUUGAUAAUCCUCUUGAUCCUAGGACCCCCAAAGAGGGAACAGGAGAACAGAGUGGGGUGGCUAUGUGGAGAACACUCCCAGGGCUGCCAUCCUACCUAGGGAUUCUCUUCUCACUGUGGUUAGGGCCCCAGCGGAGGAAAGAAUGCAUGUAGCAGUGCCCCUCCCCCACCCCCACAUGCUUCGGGACCCCUUGCAGGAGGAGUCCCGACAGACACAGCUCCAGCCCAUCUCCACCUCACUACUUGGACCAGAUAACAACCACUGAGUUCAAGUCAGUCUGCAUGUCCUCAUUGAGCUCCCAUUGUGUACCCAAAACACAGCAUCGUUCAUUAGCCUAGUUGCCAAACGUGAGUACGGUAUAUGGUCACAGACACAGGGGAGGGCUGGCCUUGCUUUAGAGCAAGGACACUGAGGCCAAGAGAGGUCACACAGCCCACCCACCCAGUCUCUAACCUGUAGAGAGGGUAGUAACCUAAGAAAGGGACCAUCGCUGUUGGGGGCAGGGGGCAUCCAUUGGAGAAGAGAUAGCCUUCCAGUCAUAGGGCCCACGCCUCUCCCAUCCCAGCAGGGCUGAAAUUCUGGAGUCAGAGUAACAUGGGGCCCUCAGUGGGGUUAAAGGACAAAGACCUUCCCCGGAAUAGGGACCCAUCUUUCCAGGCACAAUCAUUUCUUCAACGCCUCAACUUGCCCAUCUGCAGUAGCCGUAUCCAUGCUGGCCCCAGGGAGAAUCAAGCCGUCGUAACUAUCACAGCACAUUGGAAGAGGCUGACACAUGAAGCACAAUCUGCAGUGACUGGCCCUUCUCCUCCUGGGGCUGAACCCCGUCUCCACCUCCCUACAAGAUCAGCGCUGUGAGAGCCUGUCUCUGGCCAGCAACGUCUCUGGCCCGCAGUGCAAUGCCUCCGUGGACCUCAUUGGCACCUGCUGGCCCAGGAGCCCUGCGGGGCAGCUGGUGGUCCGGCCCUGCCCUGCUUUUUUCUACGGUGUCCGCUACAACACGACAAACAAUGGCUACCGAGAGUGCCUGGCCAACGGCAGCUGGGCAGUCCGUGUGAAUUACUCUGAGUGCCAGGAGAUUCUCAACGAAGAGAAGAAGAGCAAAGUGCACUACCACAUUGCCGUCAUCAUCAACUACCUGGGCCACUGCAUCUCCCUGGUGGCCCUCCUGGUGGCCUUUGUCCUCUUUCUGCGUCUCAGGAGCAUCCGGUGCCUGAGAAACAUCAUCCACUGGAACCUCAUCUCGGCUUUCAUCCUGCGCAACGCCACGUGGUUUGUGGUCCAGCUCACCAUGAGCCCCGAGGUCCACCAGAGCAAUGUGGGAUGGUGCAGGUUGGUGACAACUGCCUACAACUACUUCCACGUCACCAACUUCUUCUGGAUGUUUGGCGAGGGCUGCUACCUGCACACGGCCAUUGUCCUCACGUACUCCACCGACCGUCUGCGCAAGUGGAUGUUCAUCUGCAUUGGCUGGGGUGUACCUUUCCCCAUCAUCGUGGCCUGGGCCAUCGGGAAGCUGUACUACGACAAUGAAAAGUGCUGGUUUGGCAAACGUCCUGGAGUGUACACUGAUUACAUCUACCAGGGCCCCAUGAUCCUGGUCCUGCUGAUCAACUUUAUCUUUCUCUUCAACAUUGUCCGCAUCCUCAUGACCAAACUCCGGGCAUCCACCACGUCUGAGACUAUUCAGUACAGGAAAGCGGUGAAGGCCACUCUGGUGCUGCUGCCCCUCCUGGGCAUCACCUACAUGUUGUUCUUUGUCAACCCUGGGGAGGAUGAGACCUCCAGGGUCGUCUUCAUCUACUUCAACUCUUUUCUGGAGUCCUUUCAGGGCUUCUUCGUGUCUUUGUUCUACUGCUUUCUGAACAGUGAGGUCCGCUCUGCCGUCCGGAAGAGGUGGCAUCGGUGGCAGGACAGGCACUCGAUCAGAGCCCGAGUGGCCCGCGCCAUGUCCAUCCCUACCUCCCCCACCAGAGUCAGCUUCCACAGCAUCAAGCAGUCCACAGCAGUGUGAGCUGCAGGCCACAGAGCAGCCCCCAGUCCUGAGGCUGGGGGAAUAAUGCAAGCUCCCUGGUGAGCCUGUCUGCAGAGGCAGCCGGCCUUCCCACUCCUACCCCUGGGCUGCAGACCUGAGCGCCUGCCCAGCUGUAGACGAUGGCUCAUAGCAUUGGGCUGGGCCCACAGCAUCUGGCUCCCUGCUGCCCAUUCUUCUCGGAGAGCGGAAGUGGAGACCGGGGGCUAGAAACCCUGAAGCAGGUUAAUGGGCCCUGUGAAAGCUGUCUUUCCCCCAAAGCAGCUCACCGAAGAUCUUGAGUCUUCGGCAGCUGUGGGGAGGCCACUUGCUACCCCAGGGCAUCAUGGGAAACUCUCUCCUGUGAUUGUGAAGCCUCUGAAUCUUGGCGAUGCCUUUGGAUGCUACCGAGAACCAAUGUCACACGGUCCAGUCAGGGGACCUGGAGAUAGCGGUAGAAAUCUGGCGGCGUCAUCAGAUAGCACUCCACUACCCUAGGAGCCACUCCUGAGCCACCAGAAUGUCAUCAGCACCGUGGCGCUGCCACUGGAAAGCCCUGCCUUGCUGCCUUCCACCCUUAGACGUUUACUAUUCUGCAGGCCAAUCCAGCUUUCUGCCACUUACCCACUGACAACAGUCCCCUCGCCCUGAAAUCCUACCACCUCUUGCCUCUGGGAGUCUUCUGAUUUGUGAGAAGGUGGGGGUUGGGAAGGGGACUGAGUUGCCUGUGAGGGACAAUCAAGUGGGCCCAGCCUUUAAGGAAGUAGUGUCCCCUGGGUGCCCAGGCCACUAGUUUUGUUGGCUGGCCUCUGGAACACGCUCACAGGCUGAGUGAAUCGAGAAGGGCCCUGUGCUCAAGUGCCCUGAGCCAGGACAGGUGGCUCCUGGGACAACUAACUGGCAGACCCCUUACUCCCAGGCAUGGAAUGGCCCAACUGUCACUGUGUCACAGGGCUGAGGCGCUGCAGCAGGACCCAGGUGGGGGGUUGUGAUAUAAAUAAUAUUUAUCUUUUCAACUACCUUUGUGAAGGUUUGCACUCUGCUGGGGCUGGGAGUGAGCCAUAGGGGUCCUCUGAGAAGUAGACAUCAGGGACUACUGCGUAGCAUGAAGCCUGAUCCCACUCACACCAUCCAGGAUGAGCCCGAGGGCUGGAGGCAGGGUAUGGACUCCAGACAUGAAGAUAUGGGUGUGACCAAGGAUGCUUACCUAGUAAGAAACAGCUCUUGCCGGGUGGUGGUGGCACACACUUUUAGUCCCAGCACUCAAGAGGCAGAGCCAGGUGGAUCU